CCCCUUAACCUCGUUUCACAGUGUGCUUUUUAAUUGCAACUUCUGGCUCCACAUACAAGGAGAAACGUUUCAACUGGGAGAAAUUUAUGGAAAAAAAAUCAGUGCCUGCACUGAUGCGGUGCAGGAACAUCACAGCUCUGGGAGCUGAGCAGCAGUUGGACUUUUAAAAGAUUUAUUAGCACUCCAGGAAACAUGGAGCCGGCUUGUUUUAUAGCAGCAUUUUCAGACUUUUCUCUUCUCUUUCCGACGUCAUGGAGAAAACAAAUUGAAGUCUGAUUAAACUGGUACGGAUAUCACAUUUCCUAGAGGCGGGUCUUCAUCUUUAGUGGGGCUCACACAGCAGCUUCUCUGUUGAUUAAAUCGCAGCAGAGUAAUGAAGCAGAAACGAAUUCCUCUGUGUACCUGCUGCAGUUCAGUCUGCGCGUUUUCUGUUUUUCCCCCCCCCUUCCUGGUGGGAGUGUGACUGCGGUCACUGCUGAAUGUUUCUGAGCUACAACCUCCAGAAGACGGAAAGACCAGAGAGCAGCUGCUGGAGACGGUGGACGAGGGGAGGGAGGGCGAUGAGGGGAGCGCUCGCUUGUUGUGAAGAAAAAGAAAGACGUGGAGGUGUUCCUCUGCUUUCUCUCAGUCGGAUUCAACCAGCUUCGGGGACUCCCUGCUCCCCCUCCUCCUUUUUCGUCUUUUAAUAAUUAUCCCUAUUUUUCCAACCAGUGCAUGUUUGUUGCACGCAGUCGAGCGGCGGCUGCGAGGUGCGUCGACCGUGCAGCAUGGAAACCAGAUCCCUGUUCAGCCUGCACAGAGCGCUCGCUCAGCCCGUCAAGAUGUGCAUGUUUGAUUUCCCCGUCACCAUCCUGGACGACCUGGUGAGCUCCGACGCCGCUUCGCACCGAGACGCCUGCCUGUCUAGCUCGACGCAGGAGAUCGGCGAGGAGUCGGAGGAGGAUGCCAUCUUCACCAUCACCCUGAGGAAAAUGCAGCUCCACCAGUCGGCCAGCAAGGGACAGCGUUGGCUGGGUGUGGACACGGACUCCGCCCUGAGCCUGUACGAGACGUGCAAGGUGCGGACCAUCAAGGCCGGCACGCUGGAGAGACUGGUGGAGUACAUGGUGUCGGCCUUCAGGGGCAAAGACUCCACCUACGUCACCAUCUUCCUCUGCACCUACCGAUCCUUCGCCACCACCAAGCAGGUGCUGGAUCUCCUGCUCAACAGGUACGCCAAACUCCAAAACGUUCCUGCAGCUUCUGCACACAGAGUCUCCCAGGACGACUGCACGGAGCUGAGAAACACCGUCUCGUCCAUCCUGGGCGCGUGGUUGGACCAGUACUCCGAGGAUUUCUGGAGCCCUCCGAACUACGAAUGUCUGCACCAACUCCUGGCCUACCUCCACCUCCACUUCCCCGGCUCGGACCUGGAGCGCCGCGCACGCAACCUGCUGGCCCACUUCCACCGCCGACAGCAGUGUGAGCCCGAUCCCGAUGGGGAACACAUUGGCUGCCCGUUCGCCACGCAGGAAGAGAGCGGCUUUGAGGACGAGCUUCCUGCUUUCAGCUUCCUGUCGUUUGACCCCAUCAUGGUGGCGGAGCAGUUCACGCUCAUGGACGCGGACCUGUUCAAGAAGGUGGUGCCGUACCACUGCCUGGGCGGCAUUUGGUCUCAGCGGGACAAGAAGGGCAAAGAGCACCUGGCUCCCACUAUCCGAGCCACUGUGGCCCAGUUCAACUCUGUGACCAACUGUGUGAUCACCACCUGCCUGAGCAACCCGGCGCUGAAGCCCAACCAGAGAGCCCGGCUCAUCGAGAGGUGGAUCGAUGUGGCGCGGGAAUGUCGGAUCCUGAAGAACUUCUCCUCUUUGCGAGCGAUCCUCUCUGCCCUGCAGUGCAACUCCAUCCACCGCCUGAAGAGGACCUGGGACGAAGUGGCUCGGGAAAGCGUCAGAACCUUCAGAGAGCUUUCCGAAAUCUUCUCAGACGACAAUAACUAUUCCUUGAGUCGAGAGCUGCUGGUGAAGGAGGGAACCUCAAAGUUUGCAACUUUAGAAAUCAACCCCAAACGAGCUCAGAGGAGACACCAGCAGCAGAGAGACUUGGGAGUCAUGCAGGGGACCAUUCCUUAUUUGGGAACAUUCCUAACGGACCUGGUGAUGAUGGACACUGCCAUGAAGGAUUACACAGAGGGUGGUCUGAUUAACUUCGAGAAGAGGAGAAAGGAGUUUGAGGUGAUCGCUCAGAUCAAACUUCUCCAGUUGGCCUCCAACAACUACAGCUUCACUCAGGAAAGCCACUUCAGAGAGUGGUUCGCAGCCGUGGAGAAACUCAGCGAGGCAGAAAGCUAUAAUCUGUCCUGUGAGAUUGAGCCUCUGUCGGAGUCGGCCAGCAACACGCUCAGAGCCAAGAAGAACGGCGGGAUCAUGAAACGAUGGAGCGACCGACAGCUGACGGAGGCCGGCUGCAGCGGCGGCGCCGGCUCCCAUUCAAAGUCGUUCGAUCAUUCCCACUACAGGCCGUACCAGGGGGGCGGCGGGGACAGCGGCGACGCCCUCAGCGUCACGUCCGUCAGCUCCAGCGGCUCCGACCUGGAGGACGUGAACACCAGCUUCCUGUCGGAUUCACCGGAGGGACACGAGAGGAAGACGUCGACUCCGUCGGUGAAACUCACCGUGUCUGCUUUGGGGAGAGAAGCUCCAGCUGCAGACACGACCUCAACGUGUCCCCCUCAGUUCUGGGAAUGCACGUCUCUGUCCUCCCUGGACACGUCGGGGAUGGGAUCCAGCUCUGGCUCCGCCUCGGGCUCCAGCAGCACCUCCUCGUCCUCCGUCUCCUCCUCCACGCCGCUGUCCGCCUCGCGCUCGCACAAACGCUCGGUGUCGGCCGUGUCCAACUACUCGACGCUGUCGCUGCCGCUCUACAACCAGCAGGUGGACGACUGCUGCAUCAUCCGGGUCUCGCUGGACGUGGAGAACGGCAACAUGUACAAGAGCAUCCUGGUGACGAGUCAAGACAAAACUCCGGCGGUGAUCAGGAAGGCGAUGAUCAAACACAACCUGGAGCGGGAGAAAACCGAGGACUACGAGCUGAUGCAGAAGAUCUCAGAGGACAAAGAGCUCCGGAUCCCGGACAACGCCAAUGUCUUCUACGCCAUGAACUCCACUGCCAACUACGACUUUGUGCUGAAGAAGCGCGGCUUGGCCCGGCCGGUGCGGGCCAAGAACGUGGCCAGUUCGACGCUGCCUCGCAUGAAACAGAAGGGACUGAAGAUCGCCAAAGGGAUUUUCUGAGACUCUUCAGGAGAGACGAACCGAACCGACCCGACCCGAAGCGUCCAGGUUUUGGUUUGGAUAGAGGCGGAAACGGGACCUUUCUGUGGC